CUACGUUGGGUAUGUGUGUGUAUAUAUAUAUAUAUAAUCUAUGUCCAGCUUUAAAAGGCAUAUUCGAGGAUUACAAAGUGCGUACGGAGGUUAUACAAAUACAUAUGUCUAUCCACCCUUGUGUGUCUACGAAAGCAAUAUUGUUUGUAUUUCGUUGAGAAAUUCUGAAGGAGUUCGUUACUUUAUAUGUAAGGAAUUUACAUGGAGCCUACCAGUAAUGAUCAAAACGUGAACUCGGCAUGAGGGGAGUGUUCGAGUACAGGUAGUUUUAACGUGCAAUGAUAUUAACUAGGUUUGGCAGGGAUUACAAACGGUUCUACAGGAGUGAAAGUUCGGCAACAACGGAAAGUGAGCAUGACUCGGAUUUCGAAGAUUUACCCGAUGAUUUCCAGACUGACACAAUCACGGAUGGGACGGACGGACCCCACGCGACAAGCCAAACCCUUGACGGCACGGGACAAGGAGGGUUAGAAUUCAGUGCUGUCCAUGCUCCGCCACAGGGGUUCACAACCAUUAGAAAGAACUGCUGGAUCCCAAACACGCGGGUCUUCCUUAAGAUCAUCUCUGCUGAGAGGCACAAUGCCCACAUCAAAAUAUUCAAUCCUACAUUGUAUACCAUUCAAGUCACACAUGGAGACUUUCAGUGGACAGUUCGGAGGAGAUUCAAACACUUUGAUCACCUACAUAGCUCUCUCAGGAAUUUUCGUUUGCAACGCCGGAUUCCAUUACCGACAAAAUCUCGAUAUGAGAAAAGAAAAAGUGUGCGCGGAAGACAAAAUCGCAUCCCAAGGUUUCCAAAGAAACCAGAGGUUAUCGUUCGCGACAUUGACAAAAGAAGGCGACACUUGGAAGAAUAUCUACAAAAUCUGGUGGAUAUACCCACUUACCGAGAACAUUUUGAGACAUUGAAGUUUCUGGAAGUCAGUCAGCUGUCGUUUGUGAAGAAGCUUGGGAAGAAAUACAAGGAGGGAGCUAUUAUGAAGUGUUCCGGGGGAAGACACAUCAGUAUCGGAUGCUGUGGUUGUCUCAAAAAGUUUCACUUGGCUGGGCGAUGGAACAAACGGUGGCUCAUUGUGAAGGAUGGAUUUGUGGCAUAUAUCCGACCACGUGAUGGCCGUGUUUGUGAUGUCAUGUUGAUGGAUCGUGACUUCUGUGUCAAUGUUGGCAUGGGAACAACUGGAGCACAUCAUGGUCUUCUUGUCACAAAUUUAAACAGAAAUCUGUUAGCAAAGUGUUGGACUCGAAGGAAGGCAGAAGAGUGGAAAAGAAAUAUUGAGGAGGCAGCAAAGACAACAGGGAAAGACUACACACAGGAAAACAGGUUCCAAUCUUUUGCGCCUGUCCGGGAACCGUCCUAUGCCAAAUGGUUCGUUGAUGGCGAUUCUUACUUUUCGGCCGUGGCUGAUGCACUAGAAAGUGCCAAGGAAGAAAUCUACAUCACAGAUUGGUGGUUGAGUCCUCAAGUUUAUCUCAAACGGCCAGUUACCGACGGCAACACCUGGAGACUAGACAUUUUGUUGGAAAGGAAAGCUCUGCAAGGUGUAAAGAUCUUUAUCCUUCUGUAUAAAGAAAUGACGAUGGCAGUCAAUCUGCAGAGUAUUUACAGUAAACAUGUGCUAAUGAACAAGUGUCCUGAAAAUAUCAAGGUCCUUAGGCAUCCUGACCACAUUGGGACUGGCGUCCUGCUCUGGGCUCACCAUGAGAAGCUGGUUGUUGUGGACCAGAAGAUUGCCUUUGUUGGUGGCAUUGAUCUCUGCUACGGACGCUGGGACAAUGAACGCCAUAAACUAACUGACCUGGGAUGUAUUGUCUAUGAAUCAACGAAUCAGAAUUCACAAAAAGAAAUGAAGGUAAAAUUACAAUCUCAGGAAAAUGUGGAGGAGGAGGAGGAAGAAGUUUUGGACCAAUCAGGAAUUUCCCUGAAAAUCAGUCCUCCAAGUCCAAUUUCCUCACCUAGUGAAGAGGAAGCACAAAUCAUUCCACCACCAGGGGUCAGCACUGAACAGGAAGUGAAAAAAGUGGAAGCCGUUCCAGUGGACAAAGAAGAAGAGAAGACAGAUGGAAACGAUUCAGACGAAUGUAGUUGUCACAAAUGUCGAACUUCUGAAAAUCGUCAUAGUUACUCAAACUCUUCAAUGGAGGAGGAAGAAUAUGCAUUAUUGUUGAAAUCUGAGAAAAAGGGGGACGCAAAUGUAGAAAGUUCUGACUCGGACAAUCAGGAGGUCAUAAAGGCCUUGAUACAUCAUGAUAGCCAAGGUUCCAGGCCACUUGAUGAAAUGUCAAGGCCAAAUGGAACCCUGGUUACAUCAAAUGUUUGUGAGGAAGGGGACUUACAAAGGAAAUCUGAUACUGUGUCUGCUCAAGAAGAAGAAGAAGAGAAGGUUACGAAUGGCAAGUCAACAGACUGUGUUAAAUUAAUGUCAAAGAAAAAUAAGGAUAGAGUAAUAAGUGAGGAAACUAGGAAGGUGAAUUUUUCUGAGAGUAUAUCAGUCCAAUCUGAUUCUGUUAAAAGUACAGGAACCACAAGUCCUCCAAAAAGACACAUGUGGAGUUUUGGUGGUACAAGAACAUCCACUGCUAAAGCAGGUAAAAGUGUCGAAUUUUCAAGUAAUGUUGUUGAUAAUUCAACAGACUCGCAACCACGAGACAAAAAUGUGCAAUUGAAAAGUUUCAAACAAUUGACUUCUAGUAAAUAUACUGUGGAUGAAAAUGGUGACUCACGUCUAACAGAAGAGGAAGACAAAGGACUAACAAUGAGGCCACACAUCGAAUCUCAAGGGGAGGGUAGUAAGGAGGGUGGUGGUAGGGAUAGCUGGGCCUUGAGAAAGCUACGCCGGUCGUUACAGCGACACCGAGAACCAAACAACAACAAUGGCGAUCAGACCGACCACAGCGAGGACAACGAACACUUGAUGCGUAAAUGGAAGCUUGUGCUAAACAUACAGAAAUUCGAGUCAGCGGUUCGCCGACCACAAGAGAAAACACCUCUACCAGAAGGAGAAGAAAAAAUGCCUCAUUCACCAGUACGAUUAAGAGAUAAAAUUAGACACAAUUUACAAGAGAAGUUCAAAAGCUAUCACCAUCGUGACAGCCUCACAAGUUUGGAUGAAAUGUACAUAAAAGAUGAGUUGAAACCUGGAGAGCUGAAGCGAACCAGCAGUGAAAUAAAUAUUGAUGAGCUGGGAUUGAAAGGAUCCUCGAAGCUUUGGAUUGGCAAAGACUAUGUCAACUUUAUAUUCAAAGACUUUCAGAACCUAGAGAGGCCAUUUGAAGAUUUCAUCGAUAGAUCUGCCACUCCCAGAAUGCCCUGGCAUGAUAUAGCCUCAGUGGUUUACGGAAAGGCUGCAAGAGAUGUAGCAAGGCAUUUUAUUGGUCGCUGGAAUUUUACAAAGGUGGAGAAAGCAAAAAACAACCAUGACUAUCCUCUUCUGCUGCCCAAAGCUUACGGACACAACUACAAGAUCCCACAGCUUGUCCUUGACCUCUGUGAUGAGGUCAAAACCCAGAUUCUAAGAAGUGGGUGUGCGUGGUCAUGUGGUAUUAGGACUACAGAAAACUCAAUCCACGAGGCUUACGUGAGCUGUAUACAGAAUGCUAAACACUACAUAUACAUAGAGAAUCAAUUUUUUAUUAGCCUGAUUGGAGAAAGCCUCACUGUGAGGAACAAGAUAUCCGACACAAUUUUCAAGAGGAUAGUAAAAGCUCAUAAAGAGCAGAAAGCUUUCCGUGUUUAUGUUGUGAUGCCGCUUCUGCCGGCAUUUGAGGGAAACAUUGCAGAUUCCGGAGCUUAUGCAAUCAAAGCAGUCACACACUGGAACUACCUCUCCAUUGCAAAGGGACCUAACUCUCUCUGGCAAAGGCUUGUCAAAGAAGUGAUUGACCCCAUGAAGUACCUUGUAUUCUGUGGGCUGCGGACACAUGGGGAGCUAAGCGGAAAACUUGUGACAGAGCUGCUUUAUGUACACAGCAAGUUGAUGAUCGUUGAUGAUGAUAGUGUUAUCAUUGGGUCGGCCAACAUCAACGACCGCAGCAUGUCUGGAGAACGGGAUAGUGAGGUCGCUGUGCUUGUAGAGGACAUACACAAAACUGAUGUUAUGUUUAACGGAUGUGUUCAUCGUGUCGGCAAAUUUGCUUCAUCACUGCGCAAAAAACUCUUCAGUGAACACCUGGGUCUUGCCCGAGAUGACCCCUUGCUGGACGAUCCAGUGUGUAACGAGUUCUACAAAAGUACCUGGAUACAGCAAGCCACCAUCAACACCACCAUGUUCCAAAAGGUGUUCAACUGUUUUCCUGAUGACAGGAUCAUGUCGUUUGCGGAGUUUGAAGAGUAUCAGAAACAGACGGUCCUUGCAGAGACAGAUCCACAGGAAGCAAAGAAAUUAUUGUCCAAGGUUAAAGGUUAUGUUGUCUUGGUGCCAUUAAACUUCCUGAAAAUGGAAAAUUCCAUCAUUCCAGUUGGCCGGGAAUCGAUCUUGCCAGUUUCUGUUUGGGUAUGAGUGCUGACAAUGGACAAUCACUAACUUGUUAAGAAGCCUGCCAAUUCCUUGUGAUAAAUGGAGAUUGAAUGGAAAAAAGUGGUGGAACAUUUGUGAUGGAAUAAUUAGAAGACGACUCAUAUUUAAUGUUCAUUUGUUGUAAACAUGCAAGGUUACUCUAAUAUGCAAAAGUAGUUUCCCCUUGGUCCUUAGUUGUGUAUGUUUAAUUUUGAGACUGAUCGGAAAAAACAAGAUGGGUGACAUAGCAGCCAUCUUGGAUUUUGUAAGGUUACUCUAACAUAUGCAAAAGAAGUUUCUAACAACGUUAACAGCUAGUGAACUUCAAUUAUUAAGAAAGUGAUUAUAGUAUUUUUAAGCAUUCACUGAUUUGUUAUAAGAUGUUUUGAAAGUUUAGAUUCAAAAAGUGACAAAAUGACACUGUGGAAUGACACUUUAUUUAUUGUGAUGUCAUUAUCAACUGUCAGUUAUGACGUAGUUUUUUGUGACCUUUAGAAAAAUAUUUUUAUGGUAAGUUUCCCUUUUAUCCUGAUUGCAAAAUUUGAUGUUUAUGUUUGAAGCAACAGUCUCGUAGUUCUAAUUUGCAAAGCUAUUGUUUUCAUGUUCGUAGUGAUGUUAUAACAGAAUUUGAUUUAUUUGUUCAGACAAUGAAUUGAUUGCUAACUAGAGUACACACAAAAAAAAAACUUCUGACACAUUGCCUACGAUCUCCUGAUCACCUACCCUUACUUUGGACAUUUUUGCAGAUCUCCUUAAAUUAUCUCUAAUGUAUAUUUUUAUGUUUGAUACUUUUGUUAAAAUUACAUUCCAAAAGCUUACUAUGUGAUACAGAACACAAAGAGGAAGGUAAUUUCUGUACAAAAUUUUCUCGAUAUUUUUCUAGACACAAAUUCAAAUACACUGUCAUUUUCUAUACAAAUAAAAUAAUUGCUGAUUUAAUAACACUGCAUAUUUGUGUGAUAAAAAUUUGUCAUCACACGGAAUUUCAGGUCUUACUUAAUUUGAAAGAUGUUCAAUUGCUAGAAUUUUUUCCUAAAAAAGUUUGAGGAACAAUUUAUAAUGUCAGAUUAUGUAUUUAUUUUUAUUCCUUUUAAAAUUUCUAGAUCAUUCCAUUCAGUAAUUUUUAUGUUAAUUUUAUUUUUUGUUUUUGAAAUUACUUUUACAAUAAUGCCAAAUGUUAUGUUUACGAAAUUAUGUUAUACAUAGAAUUUUAUCAUUUAAUCAUAUUUCUGUAUAAUAAUGCUGUAUUAAUCGAACUGCUGUUGACAUGUUGCCAGGAGAUCUUGCUGAAGAACGUGUCGCCAAAAUCAUAAAAUACAGCAGGGGAGGGCUUUGUUCAUGUCUGAUAAGUACAUCGUUUAAGGAGUGUUAGACCAGGAUGCCUUUGAUAGUACACAGUUUAAGGAGCGUUAGUCCUUCAAGCGUUUGUUACGUACAUCGUUUAGGGCACGAUAUUCCAUGAAGUGUCUUACAUCGUUGAGAUCUCGUUAUACUGUUUAUAAUUAGCGGUAUGUUAAUUCAUCAGUAAAUAAACAUUUUACAGAGAAGUACUAUGGCAUUCUCAAGUCAUUGAAAAUGGCUCCAGAGUAGGGCGAUUAAAGUGCCUUCUUAAUAUGCCUAAUUGUGUUCAUCAGAGUAUGUUUACCAUCAUUUUUUAGCAAUUUUAUUACAAUUGUAGACAUUUAACUUAUUGUUCAACAUGCAACGAUGUCACCUGACUUACCUGCAUGGUAAUUGUAGUAAAAAGCCAAGCGCUUUAUUCAUAAUUAGUUGAUUCACUGAAGUAUGGCUGAAGUCAACCCAAUGACAACAGACACACUCAAUUUUGCUCAAACUGUGAAACAAAUUAUCCGCCAUAUUUGAUGGCAUAAUUCUAUAUAUAAACAUUGUACACAUACAUAGUAUUGUACAUUAUAUUGACUGUUUUCAUAUGAAUUGACGACGCCAUCAUUGUUUGUUUCUGUGAUCAUCACCUUAGUGUGAUACAUGUGUGUCACAAAUAAUUACAGCUUCGUGCCAAAUAUAUUCAUGAUUUGCCCUGUAUAUCUCUUAUAUCUUUAUCUUUUUUCCUUGAAUUUUUCUUAGAGCUAAUUAUUGCUUUACUGAAAUGAUAUUGGACAUCCUGAAAGAAAAUUGACUGAUUAUUUUCAGAUUUUCCGAUAAAAGACUUGUAAGAUAUGGCAAAGUUGUAGCAAAGUUGAUUUCUAUGAAUAUCUGUCAUACCUCAAAAUCAGUCUAUACAAAUAUAUAAAAGUUGUUUCAGAUUAUUAUUUAGAAACCUAUCUUUCAGGAUGUGAACUUUUAUUUCAAUGGCGCUAUAUAAUUAGCCCCAGGAAAAUUAAUAUGUGAAACGGUAAAGGUAGACUAAAUUUGGGCAAAUCGCAAAUACUUUCAGCACAAUGCUUGUUUAUAUCCGGUAUUUGAGAAUCACUGCCAUGCUGUGUGUGCAUUUAAUAUCAUUAUUUGUUAUGGAUAUGUGUGCUUCAUCAUGCAUUGCUCAUUAGUACUGGAGGUUAUAGCUCAAUAAACCACAAGUUCAACUCUCACACACAUUUUAUGAUUUCCUUUCUAGCAAUGUCUCAAAUUUAUGUAUUUCAUAAACUGGCGAAAAAAGCGAAAUCAAUAUUCAAAACACUACAAUAAAAGCUAAUGUCAGAUCUAAAUCACUCUGACAUUUAGAAUAUGUAGUAACAUUUGUUGAUUUUUUCCCUAUUGUUAAAAUUAUAUAAUAUCAGGUAUGUUUCAACUAACGAAAAUAUCAUUUCAUUUCAACUUCAGUUUUUCCAGGAAUCACUUUUCGGAUGAAAAAAAAAAGAUAAAGCACUUUUCAGCACUGAAACUACAGUGGUUCAUGAGCUCUCAAUUGUUUGUCUUGUAGGAGUUACUACAACUCCCAACGUGAAGGGCUUCAGGUCUCAGACCUUUAUCAGAGACUUCAGAUAAUUGUAGGAGCAUUGUUUAUUCUGGAGUAACCAUUGUAUUAUAAUUGCUUUGCUGUAUUUGACUUGUUCUAUAUAUAUAUACAUUCAAGCACAGUAGGAGUCGCAGAAUCAACUGAUUAAUUCAUUUCUUUUUACAUCAUUUUUUCAUCUUUAUGCUAGUGGAAGUUUUAUUUUCUAAUUUUAAAUUUUGAUUUGCUCAAAUAGUUCUGUUCAUGAACAUUCUAUGACAUUCCAUACCCAUUUCCAAAGUGAUAUUUUGAUUUCCAUGUGAUUAUAUGAAGCUGAAGGUUAUUGAUAUCGGUGUCAAAAUAUAUAUUUUCCUAUUGAUACAGAUUCUUUAUGUGUUGUUUAAGGUGUGAAAGGAAAUAAAAAAUGUGUGAUUUUGUUCCUGAUGAGAUUGAGGCAAUGUUAUAUAUAAGUCACUUUACCUUAGUCAUCUUAUAUAUCAUCUUAAAGAUGACCUGGAUCAUUUAUGUUAUGUCAUUUGUUGUGUAUUUCUUCAUUACCGUGAACUUUAAUACAAAUUAAUUAUUUUGUUGUCUUAAUUUUGAAUAUUGAUUGAAACUGGUUCUUUCACUUCUUAUUCAACUUUUUGCCAAUUUGGAAUAAAUAUUUCACCAAAUUUCGUAAAUUAUAAUUAGUCAAUAUAUUUCAUUACAUCUUAAUUCAGUGCAGGAGAAUUGUUUUAACGUAUUUUAUGCAACAUGUUCUUGUUAACUCAUAGCCUUUUAUAAGCUAUACAGAAUACCAAAAGGGAGGUAAUGCUAGUCAACAUUUUCCUAAAAUAAUUAAUUUCACCAAAUUUUACUUGUGCUUGUAAUUAAAUGAUACAGGGAAUCCAUGUGCUCAAUAUCAAAGGCUGUUCUGUUGAUUAACAAUGCUAUUUUUCCAAAUCUUACAAAAUAACUCUAUCAAUAAUUGAAGUUGAUAUUUCAUGGGAUAAGGCUUGCAUAUGUAACUCCUGACCUCUUAUUUUAAGUGAAAAAUUGCAGUCAAGACACAUUAUUUUUACUGUCAUUUAAUUGAAAAUUUCUUAUAAUAAUAUUUCAUUUUAAAAUUGCAGGUAUAAAUUAUUUGCAAUUAAAGAGUUAAAAUUAUAUAUCAUGAAAAUUAACUCCAAUGUAUAUCUACAAUUGUAUUACAUAUCAUUCUAACAUCGUUAAGUUAUAAUAAAUGCUUGGAAAUA